AUCAUAUUAUGUAUUCGGAUUUAAAAGACGAUUUUGAUUUUUUAUGUGUUUUUAAUAAUAUAUUGAGAUAAAAAUAUAUUUAUCUUAAAAUUAACAUGCAGAAACUCGUUUUUUAAUGACACUUUAUUUAAAAAAAAAAAAAAAUUGAUUUACUUUUAUCGGUGGCAGUGAAUUCUAAUAUUUAUGUACCUCUGCUCAAAGAAAGACUAUUUUUAAUGGUUUUAACAUCAUUAUGAAAAGGUCGAUAUGUCCGAUACGCUUCAAGACGAAGAGACGUCACCGACACGAAGUAAUUCUCUUAAAAUAUCCCUUCCCACCGUACUGUGCACGGAUGUCACCGAUAAUCCUGAAUUGACUGAGACAAAUUCAUUUGUGAAUUCAGAAUCAAAACUAUCUCUUCCCUCCAGUUUCGGUACACCUACUUCGCCGUUACGAUUGUCAUCACCACUUUCGUUGCCAUCCUCCCCUACACCAUUUGCAAAGACACCGCUUCAAACACGCUCCAACAAAUCCUUAGAUGAUCCCUCACAACAGUCCUCCGAGAAAACUCAAUUAAGCAGUAUGAACCCACCGUUAAUCAACUCAGGAUCUGCUACUGGCAAUCCACGUAACAAAUGUGCCCUCCAACCCGGCCACAGUCUCAUGGACUGGAUCCGACUCGGUAACUCUGGAAAAGACCUCACAGGAGUUGGGGGUCGUAUUCGACCGGUCACUCCCGCCGAACUCGCUACACACAAUACAGAAAAAGACGCAUGGUUAGCAAUACGAGGACGCGUUUACAAUAUUACUUAUUAUCUACCUUACCAUCCCGGAGGAUCUGACGAACUUAUGAGAGGCGCUGGUAUUGAUGCAACGGAACUUUUCGAUAAAGUACAUCCAUGGGUCAAUUACGAUUCACUUCUAGCAAAAUGCUUGGUGGGACCUCUCCGUUUCGAUCGACCGGACGCCGACGAACUCUUUGACAUUUCAAAUCCAUCACCGAAAUCCGACCGGCUCAGAGAACCGUCUAAAGCUCAGGAAUUAGUAAGGAAGUCGAUGGAAAACUUAGCAAACUGCAUAACACCCGUUAGAAAAAAAAUAACCGCUAAAAGCGAGGAAAACGUCAAAGGAAGUCCUCCCAGCAAAAUAAUGCAGAGUUUAAUACAGUCGAGCGAUUUGCCUGUGUCUAUAAGCCGAAGGGCGGCGUCGAGUCCACUGAAAUCUGCAGACCAGUCAAAAGACUCGCCGCCUUCAUUGCGCUUUGAUUGGAUCCAAACGUCGACAAAGCUAACUAUCUCGGUAUAUACGGGACUUUUAAGUAAUCCCGGCGGUUGUGCGAGGAUUUCAGAAGGUGCUUUGUUCAUAGAUGUCGCGACUAAUGGAUGGCUAAGAACAUUAAAGUUAGUGCCCGAGGAAGCUAUAAAGGAACCUUUGCAGAUAAGAGUGUUUUCUGAAAGCGGUAAAAUAGAGGUUACAGUGUUAAAGAUUACACACAAAGUGUGGAAGAACAUAGGCGAGACAAUUUUCAGUUCAGCUACUCAUAUAUCCUCGCCUCGUACACUUGAAUGUAGAGUGGUGCACGUGGAACGGAUCUCGCACGACACAACCCUACUAGCACUGGCACCUAAAUCCGGGCCGGUCGUAGUGCCAUUGGGUCACCAUGUGCGAGUGCACCAUAAAAUUAACGAUAAGGAGUGUAUCCGAUCUUACACGCCGGUGGGUGACAGUUGGGACCACUUCGGGAGUGAAUACAGCGCCAUGAAGUUGGCAGUCAAAUGUUAUAAUACCGGGGCUCUCUCUCCUUAUCUGACAAGCCUGAAAAUUGGAGACUCGGUCACACUCUCGGGACCUUAUGGGAAUUUUCAAUUACAAAAGCUAAAGCGAGUGAAAAUCUUAUAUUUAAUAGCGGCAGGUACGGGCAUCACGCCAAUGUUGGGGUUAUUAAGAUUCAUGCUAGCAAGAUCAAAUCCGAGAUGUGAACAGGUAAAUCUACUGUUCUUCAACAAAACGGAAGAGGAUAUUCUGUUUAAGAAUAAGUUCGAAGACAUAGCGAGGCAAGAUGACAGAUUGAAAAUAGAACAUGUUUUAUCAAACGCCAGUUGUUCGUGGAAAGGACAAAAAGGUCGAAUAAGCAGUAAAGUUCUUUCGGAAAUCCUGGAUGAAAAAGCCAUCUCCACAGAAGAUACGCCACAUUUCGCAUGCUUGUGUGGUCCUACGGAAUUCACGCACACUAGUCUGGACUUGCUAAAGAAACUUGGAAUGAAAGAGAAUGAUAUACAUGCUUUUAUAGGAUAAGUGUAAAUAAACAGACGUUGGAUGUAUGUCUCAUGUUAGAAUGAUUACUUACAUAUGCAAAUAUUUCAAACCGAUAUUGUUAACAUUUGUCUAUCAAAACAAUUUUAAAUUUCUUGAGAAACGUUCGUUACAAUAUUGUUUAUUUUGUUAUUAUUGUUAAUUUUAUUCAUCAUCGCGUUUGUGUUUAUGGUAUUUUUUGUUGAUUUUUUUUGGGUUUAUAAUUUUUAGAGUUUAAGUUAUUAUAUGGACAUUAUUUAAAUUAAAAAAAAAAUAUAUUUGUGUAUUUUUAAUUAUAUAAAGACGAAAAUUCACAGAAAAGCAGAAUGAAUUUAAAUCAACACACAUAAUAAGAUUUUAAAUUAACAUGGUUAUUUUUAUUACUAUAAGUAUUUAAAACGGGAUAUUUACCAUGUUUUUUAUUUUUAUUUGGUGGAGCUCGAUAUUUCAACAUUAUCUACGAAUGUCUUGUUCACGAGAUAAAAAACAUGGUAAAUAUCCCGUUGAAAUACUUAUAGUAAUAACACACACAAUAUUAUUAUAAUAAUUUAUAUUCAUAACUUAUUCUUCUCCUAUGUGUUUAUAAAUAUGUAUAUUAAUAAUAUAGCCUAUUUCAACCAAAGAAAGAAUAAAGUUAAACAAAUAAUUUACUUGUUCCGUACAGUUUACUUAUAGCUAAGCUGUAUUAUACCACCAGCAGUUUUUGAUUAAUAUAUCUUUAUUUAUAAAAUCACACUACAUAACUGCUUAUAUUCAAUUUAAUUUUACUACUAAAUUUACGUUUCGUCAACGUUCAAAAUGUCAUUUUUUCGAAAAUCCAUGAUGCCAAUUCGAUGUCAAAUAUUUUUAUGACUGCCCCCUGUGGUUGGAAUAAGCUAUAGAUAUAAAUUGUAAGGUCUAAAAACCGUUUCCAUGUACAUAAUUUAAGCGAUUAUAAAAGGUAAAUUCUAAAAAAAUACACGUAAUGACAUAUAUAUAUUGUGUAAAUCCGUAUUUUCAAUACUCUGUAUUUAAUAAGUAAUGGGUCGAAUUGCUGUUUAUAUAUGUGACUCUCAAUUCUGAUCGUCACGCUGAGUACAAAUAAUAGAUAUACCAUUAGUUCAUAAAACCGAUAAGCAAUUAUCUUAAUUAAUAUAAGAAGAAAAAUUGUAAAAAAAAAACAAUUAAUAAUAUCGUCCCAUGAGUGAGACAUUUUUAAUAUUAAUUAAAAGUAACAUAAUAAAUAACACCAAGUCAAUAUAAGUGAAUGAUUAUGUUAAUCUUUCCUUAAUAGUUUUAAUUUUAAAAAACUUAUAUAAUUAUACCUUUAUUAAUUUUUAACUAAUGAUUAAUUUUGAAUUCAUAAAUUAUUCUUUUAUGAUUAUGAAAAUAAUUGAAAAUUAUAAAAACAUUGCUAAUAAAGUUUUUAAAAAGCCAAUUACUAUUAAAAUAACAAAACGGAUAAAAUAAAGAUUUAAAAGCCAUCCAACAUUUAUUUAUUUUGCCUGUAAAUAAUGUUUAUUUCUGUUUUAUUGUGUAUUUGUAUACGUGUAUUCGAGUGGUUAGGUCUCAAUAAAAAAAUGAACUAAUAAUGAAGAAGAAAAAGUUUUUACAUAUAUUUGCGAAAUUUUGGUCACACCUUUAAUUUAUUUUUAUAUAUGUUACCACUAUUUUUAUUUUUUUAUGAUAAAAUAAACAUAAUAAAAUGUCCAAGAUCUUUAGAAAAUAAAAUGAAAGUGUGAUAAACUAGUUUUAUUAGAAAUGAUAUGUAUUUCAUUAUUGUUGGUUCUAGCAAUAGUGGCUAGUGUAGAUAAUAUGUGUAUUUAGAAAAUGGUCACAAAUAGGAGUUACUAUUUUAAUCCAUCCACAUUUCCAUAAAAUUUUAAUAUAUCAUUAAUAAUGUGAUUAAACCUAUAAAAAUUUAAUAAAUAUUAAAACUCUUUAAAUUAAUAAAAUUUUGACUUUGACUUAAUAAAAUUUUAAAACAUAUUUCCAGUCAAAUGUUAUCAUUCAAAUUUAAAUAAAUAGGGCUUCUCGUUCCUUUAAAGAUUGUUGCUGUGUUGACAUAUCACAAUCUUAGUGUUUUUAACGUACCUACUUGGUUUUAUCGUUAUUAAAUAAACAUAGUAGAUAUACAUAUAUAGUCACUAUUAAGUUUAUGUUGUUAAAAAAAGUAUGAUUUAUCUUAAAAAGAAAAUAGCCGUUUUCUAGAUUCAAAUGAAAUACCCACCAUUUAUUGACCGAUAGUUAAUUUGAAAAACAAAUAAUUAUGCACACAUAUUUGUAAUAAAUAAUCAUUAAAGUGCCUACAUUCCAAGUGAAAUGAUUACUUUAGGUAAGAUGGUUUUUGGUAUUGUUUUAUUUUUUUCUUAAAUAUAACAUUAAUGAAGAA